GCUUCGACUUGCUCGUCCGUCGUUGCCGUCGCUAUUUCGCAGCCUCCUUCCGGCAUUAGGAAGUUGUACUAAAACUCUUUGCUUGUCCUAUUGUCUGUCCUUUCGAGGCCUGAAACGGAAUUCGACGAUGGCUGAGAAAAAUUCAACGAAGAAGACCAUUAAGGACUUGACUGCUGGAACGGCGGGAGGCAUCUUACAGGUGCUUGUAGGACAGCCGUUUGAUAUUGUCAAAGUGAGGAUGCAAACGGCUCCGAGUGGGACGUACUCGGGUAUGCUGCAAUGUGCAGGCGGGAUCUUGAGGAACGAGGGUCCGCUUGCGUUUUACAAGGGUACUGUUUCUCCGCUUCUCGGCAUCGGAUUAUGUGUAUCCAUUCAAUUUGGUGCAUUGGAGUACACGAAGCGCGCUCUUGCGCAGAUGAAUAUCAAGUCCGGCCGAGGCGGACCUGAUGGGAAAGAGUUAUCUGCGGGACAGCUUGUGUUUGCUGGUUCUGUUGCGGGUAUUGCGAAUAGUGUGGUUUCGGGUCCGGUAGAACAUAUUCGUAUUCGGUUACAAAUCCAAGCAACGGACAACAAAAUUUAUUCCGGGCCGUUCGAUGCGGUGAAGAAGAUUGCGUCGAAACAUGGUAUUGCAGGGAUAUACAAGGGUCAGGUUCCUACAUUUGCACGUGAAGCUAUUGGAUAUGGGGCGUACUUCUGGGCAUAUGAGAAACUUAUGCAGCGAGAGCAACGGAUGGGUGUCAAGCGGGAAGACGUGAGCCCUGUAAAAGCGGUAUUGUUUGGUGCUGCUGCUGGUUAUGCUCUUUGGUUCUGCGUAUACCCAAUCGACAUGAUCAAGUCCCGGAUGCAAACAGAUGGAUUUAGUGCCGAAGACGGAAGGAAAUACAAGUCUUCAUUAGAUUGUGUUCGGACUGUAUGGCGGACUGAGGGUAUCAAGGCAUUUACGCGUGGUCUUGGGCCGACCUUAAUUAGAUCGCCGUUUGCGAACGGCGCGACGUUCCUUGGGUUCGAACUUGCUAGUCGGGCGUUAGAAAGUUUCUAAGCGAGAGUAGACAUGGAUGAUAUUGACGAUUCAACUCGAAGAAAAGACGAAAGAAGAAAAAGGGUAAUACUAGGUAGGACUCGGAGAACACCGACGCAGGACGGACAUAGAUCUUAUAGAACUUGAUUUUCAAUUUACCUUCGCUUUUGUUUUGCAUAUAUUCGUACACGUUCUUGUUCAAGCCCAUGUUCCCGAGUAUACAUUAGCUCUGUUUUGUUUUCUGAUGAUGCGAUACAUACUCGAUGUAUAAAUUAU